AUGAGUAUGUGUUCUGGACAGAAAGUUCCGAUAGCUAAAGGAGAUUUAAAGAAGGAGCAUUGCCCUAAGAAUAAAGAAGAAGAAGAAGAUGAUGAGAUGAGGAACAAGCCAUACGCUCCUCUAGUUGGAAGCAUUAUGUAUGCACAAGUGUGUACAAGGCCAGACUUAGCCUUGUGCAUUAGCAAGAUGGGGAGAUUUCAGUCAAAUCCGAGAAUGCAACAUUGGAUAGCUGGAAAAAGAUUCUGA